CAACUCUUCUGCUUUUGGUAUUGUUUAUCAUGCCUGAGCCAGCGAAGUCGGCCCCGGCCCCGAAGAAGGGCUCCAAGAAGGCGGUGACCAAGGCGCAGAAGAAGGACGGCAAGAAGCGCAAGCGCAGCCGGAAGGAGAGCUACUCGGUGUACGUGUACAAGGUGCUGAAGCAGGUGCACCCCGACACCGGCAUCUCGUCCAAGGCCAUGGGCAUCAUGAACUCGUUCGUCAACGACAUCUUCGAGCGCAUCGCGGGCGAGGCGUCGCGCCUGGCGCAUUACAACAAGCGCUCGACCAUCACGUCCCGGGAGAUCCAGACGGCGGUGCGCCUGCUGCUGCCCGGAGAGCUGGCCAAGCACGCCGUGUCCGAGGGCACCAAGGCCGUCACCAAGUACACCAGCUCCAAGUAGACUUGCCAAGUAAGCUUCUUGUUAACCAACCCCAAAGGCUCUUUUCAGAGCCACUCACUUUUGCAUAUAAAGAGUUGUAAUAGCAAGGUUCCUCAACUGGCUUUAAAAGCAUGUUUUGUCUUUUUACAGACCUGUUUCCAUAAGAUGUGAGAACUGUUAUAGUAUGAGAUGUUUAUUGGAACUUAUGUUAAUCUUUAGAGCCACAUAGAUUAUGUGAAAUGUGUAUAGUAGGAAUUUGGCUAAAGCCCUGAAAGAAUAGUUUUUGUGUGAUUUCUUUAAAUUUUUACUUGGUUCUUUGUUCAAUCAUUAGACUUUAAAAUAAUUUCACACUGGGUGUCUGUAACUUACAGUUGUCUGUACUUAAGUACAUGUACUUUGGUUAUUUGUUUUCAUUACAAUGCCCACAUUAUAACAACAUAAUUAUAUGUAUUUCACAAAGGC